AUGUUCCUCGUCGCGGAGGCCUACGCGCUCCGCGCGGGCCCGGCGCGCCUCGCGCGCCGGCGCCUCGGCGCGCUGCGCCCGCUCGCGUCGGCGCCGCCGGCGGCCGCGGAGUGGACCGUGCCCAGGGUGCGCGACACCUUCGUCGACUACUUCGCCGAGAAGCGCGGCCACACGCGGGUACCGAGCAGCGGCGUCGUCCCGCUCCAGGACCCGACGCUGCUCUUCGCGAACGCCGGUAUGAACCAAUUCAAGCCCAUCUUCCUCGGCCAGGCGGCGCCGGGCACGCAGCUCGCGACGCUCGAGCGGGCCUGCAAUUCGCAGAAGUGCAUCCGCGCGGGCGGCAAGCACAACGACCUCGAGGACGUGGGCCUGGACACCUACCACCACACGUUCUUCGAGAUGCUCGGGUCGUGGUCGUUCGGCGACUACUUCAAGGCCGAGGCGACGGCCUGGGCCAAGGAGCUGCUCGUCGACGUCUACGGGCUGGACAUGGACCGCAUGUACGCGACGUACUUCGAGGGGUCGCCGGAGGAGGGUCUGGAGCCGGACUACGAGGCGCGGGACCUCUGGCUCGCCGCGGGCUUCAAGCCGGAGCAGGUCAUCCCGGGCUCCAAGGCGGACAACUUCUGGGAGAUGGGCGACUCGGGCCCCUGCGGGCCCUGCACGGAGCUCCACUACGACGCGCUGGGGGGGCGGGGCGACGUCGCGCAUCUGGUGAACAUGGACGACCCGACGGUCAUCGAGAUCUGGAAUUUGGUCUUCAUCCAGUUCGAGCGCGACGGCAAGACGAAGCGGCUGUCGUCCCUCCCGGCGCAGCACGUCGACACGGGCCUGGGGCUGGAGCGUUUGGUGGCUAUUCUGAAUCAGGUGCCGUCCAACUACGACACGGACGCGUUCUCGGGGCUCUUCGCGGCGACGCUGGCGGAGCUGCCCGAGGGGUCCGCGCCCUACGGGGGCCUCCUGGGCGACGACGAUAAGGCCCAGAACUACCGGGACACGGCCUACCGGGCCAUCGCGGACCACGUGCGCUGCCUGUCCUUCGCGAUCGCCGACGGCGCGCGGCCGUCGAACGAGGGCCGCGGCUACGUGCUUCGGCGCAUCCUGCGCCGCGCGGUGCGCUACGGCCUGUCGACGCUCGGCGCCGAGCCGGGCUUCAUGGCGCGCCUCGCGCCGGCGCUGGCGGCGAGCCACUUCGGGGACUACUACCCGGAGCUGCGCGACGAGCUGCCGACGAUCGUCGAGGUGUUAGCCGAGGAGGAGGCGACGUUCGCGAAGACGCUGGAGCGGGGCGUCAAGUACCUCGACGAGGAGCUCGACAAGCUCGAAGCGACGGACGUGCUCGGCGGCGACGCGGCCUUCUUCCUCUACGACUCGCUCGGCUUCCCCGUGGACCUGACGGCGCAGAUGGCCGAGGAGCGGGGCUUUCUCGUCGACGAGCCGGGCUUCGAGGCCGCGAUGCGGGCCCAGGUGGACCGGUCCAAGGCGGACCGCAAGGCCCGCGCCGAGGCCGCGCUGGGCACGGUCCGGCUCGAGCUCGGCGUCGCGGCGACGGCGGCGCUCGGAGACGCGGGCGUCGCACCGACGGACGCGCUCGCCGUCGGCGCGACCGUCGCCGACGACGCGACGGAGGUGAAUGGCGCCACGGUCGUCGCCCUCGUCGCCAUCGACGCGGCCACGGGCGACCCCGCGCUCGUCGACGCCGCGACGUGCGGGCCGGGCGCGGCCGUCGGCGUCGUCCUCGACGCGACGCCCUUCUACGCCGAGGCCGGGGGCCAGGCGAGCGACCGCGGGUCGCUCGUCCUCGGCGGCGCCAGCGUGGACGUCAUCGACGUCCAGGCCUACGCGGGCUACGUCGUCCACACGGUCGCGUCCGGCGCCGACGUCGCGUUGGCCGUCGGCGACGCCGCGGACGGCGUCGUCGACGGCGACGCGCGGCGGAAGCACGCCGUGAACCACAUGAUGACCCACGCCGUGAACCACGCGCUCUGGGCCGAGCUCGGCGACGGCGUGGGGCAGCGCGGCUCGGACGCGAACGACGAGCGGCUCCGCUUCGACUUCAGCCACGGCAAGGCUCUAAAGGCGGCGCAGCUCGCGGCCGUCGAGGCGGCGGUCAACACGGAGUACGUCGCGGACGGCGCCACGGUCGAGCGCGCCAAGGUCGGCCUCGAGGACGCGAAGAACAUCCGCGCGCUCCGCGCCGUCUUCGGCGAGGCGUACCCGGACCCCGUGAACGUCGUCGCCAUGUUCCCCAAGGCCGCCUUCGCCGGCGCGCCGACCAUCGCCGACGUGCUCGCGAGCCCGGACGACGAGAAGUGGGACAAAGCGUCCAUCGAGCUCUGCGGCGGGAACCACCUCGGCGACGCGGCCGCCGCGGAGUACUUCGUGAUCACGCAGGAGACGGCGGUCGCCAAGGGCGUGCGGCGCAUCGAGGCGCUGACGGGCGCCGCCGCGCUCGAGGCCCGGGCCGCCGGCGCGCGGCUCGAGCGCGCGGCCGCGGAGCUCGCCGAGGCCGCGGCGGCCGUCGACGGCGCGGCCGCGCGCGACGCCGUCGCCGCGCGCGCCAAGGCGCUCCGCGUCGACGUCGACGCGACGCCCUGCGCCGCGUCGCUGAAGCCGGACCUGCGGGCGGCGCUCGAGGGCGUCGCGAAGGCGCUCGGCGCCUUCGACAAGCAGGUCGCGGGCGAGGCCGCGCGCGCCGCGGCGGAGCUCGUCGAGGCGUCGGCGGGCGACGCCGCGGACGCGGGGGCGGACCGCCUCGUGCUCGCGCUGCCCUCGGGGCUCGACGCCAAGGCCGCGCAGAAGCUCGCGGGGAAACUUGGCAAAAGCCACCCGGCGCUCGCGCUCUGCGCUUUGAGCCCCGGCGACGACAAGCUCCUCGUCUUCGCGGCCGUGCCCGAGGGCCACGGCAUCGCCUCGGCGUCCGACUGGCUCAAGGCGGCCCUCGAGCCCCUCGGCGGCCGCGGCGGCGGCAAGCCCAACUUCGCCCAGGGCUCCGCGCCGGCCGCGGAGGCGGCGAGCGUCGAGGUCGCCCUCGAGGCCGCGCGCGCGUUCUAACGCGCCCCGUCCUU